UUGUGGCGUUAUCAUGGUGACAUUAAGAGUUACAUUGACUUUAAGAUUCACCUUACUGCUCCUGUACAGUUUAGGCUGUACUGGUUGGCCGAGCAAGGCUCAGCAGUUGUCCCUGCGGGCUUUGCGUCAAGCGGCACAAACCAGGCAAAACCUCUCUGAGAGUGCGGGGAGCAAAGUAGAACGUCUCGGUCAGGUCUUCCGAAAGAAUGUGCGUCUUCUUCGGGAACGGGGAGGCUGUCUGGAUCUGGUCUUUCUCGUGGACGAGUCAUCCAGCGUGGGAGCUUCCAACUUUGGGAGCGAGUUGCGAUUUGUGCGAAAGCUGCUGUCAGAUUUUCCGGUGGCGCCGGAGGCAACACGUGUAGCACUGGUGACAUUUAGUUCCAAGAGCCAUGUGGUUACAAGAGUGGACUAUGUGUCUGCACCCAAAGCCCACCAACACAAGUGUUCGCUCUUCAGCAAAGAGAUUCCCUCCAUCACCUACAGAGGAGGUGGCACCUACACCAGGGGGGCCUUCCAGCGUGCAGCGCAAAUUCUGAGGCACUCGCGUGAGAACGCCACGAAGGCGAUCUUCCUCAUCACUGACGGUUACUCAAAUGGCGGAGACCCGCGGCCGGUGGCUGCGGCGCUGAGGGAGAGAGGCGUGGAGAUUUUCACGCUGGGCAUCUGGCAGGGAAACAUCCGCGAGCUACACGACAUGGCCUCGCACCCCAAGGAUCAGCACUGCUACCUAGUGCACAACUUUGCUGAGUUUGAAGCACUAGCUCGACGCGCCCUUCAUGAAGAUCUUCCAACUGGAAGUUAUAUUCAGGGGGACCUGGCCCAGUGUUCAUCGUUGUGCGAAGAGGGAAAGGAUUGUUGUGACAUAAUGGCAAGCUGUAAAUGCGGUACACACACAGGACAGUACGACUGUGUGUGUGAGAAAGGAUACUAUGGAAAAGGACUUCAACAUGAGUGCACAGCUUGUCCAUCUGGUACAUAUAAACCUGAAGCAGUUUCUGGAGGUGUGAGUACUUGCCUUCCCUGCCCCGACCCUCAUCACACAUCCAGACCUGGGAGUAUAGAUGGAUCAGACUGUGUGUGUACGGAAGGCUACAGACCACACAACAACACAUGCCAAGCUGUGGUCUGUCCAGUUCUCUCUCCCCCAGAGAAUGGUUUCUUCAUCCAGAAUGUGUGUAAUAAUCAGUUUAACUCUGCAUGUGGGGUGCGCUGUCUCCCAGGCUUUGACCUGCAGGGAGAUGGAAUCAGACUCUGUCAGCCAGAUGGGAAACGGCCGGCAGUUCAGCCGAGCUGCAGAGGGAGCACGGCCUGGACUUCUGCCAUUACGGGUCCUGGAAAGAUUCACGCUUGCCCAGAUCUCUCUCCUCCAGCGUCGCCGGGGGUACUGGGCACCGCAGUGAGCAGACCACCUGGGCUGGAGUGUUUGAUCGCUGUGAACAGGGCUAUAGACUACUGGGGCAGAGCCAGACUCACCUGUCUGGCCAACUCGCAGUGGAGUGGACCACAGCCCCGGUGUGUCGAUAUAGACCCCUCCCUGGAGUUCAGUGGUCCCAGUGAUGUCAUCAAGAGACAGAUGUACAUCAGAGGCAGCACUCAGUUUGAUUGCCACACCCAGGCUUGGGGACAAUUCGGAGAUGAUGUUCAACCCUGUGAGAAGCCAUUUGUGCCAGUGAAUGGGGAUUUCUCAUGUGCCAAGACAGAGGAGGGAACAAACUGCUCUCUGAUAUGCAGACAAGGUUACAGUCUCACCCAGGAUGCCGUGCACAGCUAUUUUGUGCCAAUAAUGGAAUCUGGGAGCCUCCCCGUUCACCAGACAGACCUGAUUGCUCCCCAGAACAGAAUUGCAAACAAUGGCUUUAAGCCCUUUGAGAUGUUGUUUAAAGCAUACUGUGAUGAUCUUGACUUGCUAAAGUCCUUCACAGGGGAGUUUUCAACUGUUCUUAAAGAUAUGGUCCCUAAAAUCUGCAGUGGAGAUGAUGUCACCUGCAAACUGGAAAUGACUUUACCUGGACAGUGCCUGGAGUAUAACUAUGAUUAUCCCAACGGAUUUGCUAUUGGUCCUGAGGCUGGGGCAGUAAUUGGGGCUCUCAGAAUGGCUUUGGCUCUAGUUCCUGCUUAUAAAGAGGAAAGUGAAACUGCAGCCCCGCCAGAAGUUGUUGUUAGAAAGGAUUAUCAAGCCAGUAGCCAGGGCUUGAUGUGUGAGGCAGAGGUGAACGAGUGCAACUCUUCUCCAUGUUUGCAUGAAGGACUCUGUGUGGAUGAAGUGAAUCACUUUACAUGUAGCUGUCCAGAUGGAUUCACAGGUUCCCGUUGUGAGUUGGAAAUAAAUGAGUGUGCUUCCAGCCCAUGUCAUAACGGAGGUGUUUGUAAAGAUUUGGAGGGUGGGUAUUUCUGUACAUGUUCUCAGGGCUUCACUGGAGACAACUGUGAGGUUGAAGUUGAUGAGUGCUACGGCGACCCCUGUCUAAAUGGAGGAACAUGUGUGGAUGCUAUCAAUGAUUUCAGGUGUGAAUGUAUGAAUGGAUACAGAGGCAGACUGUGCCAGGUGGACGUAGAUGACUGCGAUCCGAAUUUGUGUUUGAAUGGUGCGACAUGCGUGGAUGGAGUGGCCACUUUCCCCUGCCGAUGCCCUCCUGGGUUCAACGGAACCAGGUGUGAGACAGAAAUGCCCUACUCCUUUGAUCUGGAGUUUGGUUCUGGUAUCCAUGGUUACGUGAUGAUGGAUGGGUCAAUGCCAUCACUUACACAGAUCACAUGUACAUUUUGGAGGAGAUCAUCAGACACCAUUAAGUAUGGAACUCCCAUCUCUUAUGCUGUGGAGGGAAGUGACAAUGCCUUCCUCCUCAUUGACUAUAAUGGGUGGGUCUUGUAUGUUAAUGGCAAGGAGCGGAUCACCGACUGCCCAGCAGUAAAUGAUGGCCUCUGGCACCAUAUUGGUGUAUCAUGGCGCAGCAAGGAUGGUGAUUGGAGAGUUUAUAUUGAUGGGAGCCCUUCAGAUGGAGGGAAAGGACUAUCAGUUGGCACUACUAUACCAGGAGGGGGUGCUCUGGUACUUGGACAGGAUCAGGACCAGAGGGGAGAUGGCUUCAAUCCAGUGGAGUCCUUUGUGGGCACUCUUAGCCAGCUUAAUAUAUGGAACUAUGUUUUAACACCACAGCAGAUCAAGUCUCUGGCCAGUAGCUGUCCACGUGAUCUGCAGAAAGGGAACGUGUUUGCAUGGCCUGACUUCUUAGGAGGGGUCACGGGCCGAGUAAAGACCAGCAGCAAGAGCAUUUUCUGUGCUGACUGCCCCCUGGUGGAGGCUUCGGUUCCUCAACUGCGCUCAUCCAGUAAAGCUGUGAGUUCGGGCUCUAAGGUGCAGUUCUCUUGCAGUCCUGGGUUCUAUCUGGUGGGGGAGCCGGUGCAGCAGUGCUUAAACAGAGGCCAAUGGAGCCACGCAGAGCCAAUAUGUGAACGUGUGGAAUGUGGUCCUCCGCCCGACCUGGAGCACGGACAGUAUCAUGGAGAGGAUUUCUAUGCUGGGAGCACAGUGCUUUAUCAGUGUAAACCAGGGUUCUACCUGCUUGGGGAGAGUAAGUUGUUGUGUGCCAUCAAUGGUGAAUGGAUUGGCAACCCACCUGCAUGUCUGGAUGUGGACGAAUGUUCUCUGGGCUCUGAAUGUAAUGAACAUGCUAGUUGCCAAAACACUGAUGGCUCACAUAUAUGCACCUGCAUACCCCCUUACAGUGGAGAUGGACGAAACUGCACAGAGCCAGUAAAAUGUAAAGAUCCAAGUGUUCCUGAGUUUGGGCACCGUGAGGGCAGUAAUUUCAUCAUGGGCAGUGAGGUGGUCUUUUCCUGUGAGGAAGGCUAUGAGCUGAUUGGCUCAUCCCAUCUGUCCUGCACAGAAGAAGGGAUUUGGAAGGGAGAUUUCCCAUACUGCAAAGCCCUUUCCUGUGCACAUCCCACUCUCCCUGAAUAUGGAAUCAUGAAAGGGUCAAACUUCACAUACGGAAGCAAGGUGACUUUCAGUUGUGAGAAGGGGUAUGUCCCUCAAGAGCCAAUAGAAAGCCAGUGUCAAUCAGAUUUGAAGUGGAGCAGAGAGCCCCAUGUUUGUCAGCCUGUUACCUGUGGUGAGCCCCCAUUGGUUGAUUAUGCUGAGUAUACCCUCAACGGGAAAGUGUACCUCUCCACGCUAACCUAUACCUGCAUAGAAGGAUACAGUUUGCAGGGUGCCAUGGAACUGAAGUGUGAGUCAUCAGGAGAGUGGGCAUCUCCUCCCCCCAUCUGUGCCAGAGUGGACUGUGGCAAACCUCCUCCUUUGAAGGAUGCUGUGAUUAAGGGCAACAACUUUACACUGGGUAGCAUGAUCAUCUAUGUUUGCAAAGAGGGUUACACCCUCCUUGGUGUAGAAACUCAAGAAUGCCUCCCAAGUGGCAACUGGACUCAUAAUUCUGCCCAGUGUGUGCCUCGGUCUUGUGGACCACCACCCCAAGUUGACCAUGCCCUACCUGACGCUGGACACCAGCUUUUUGGGGACACUGCUAUCUACUUCUGCGAUGAUGGCUACAUUGCUGGCAACAAUACAAAACUCUUCUGCAAUGCCCAAGGUGUUUGGGCACCCCCAGAUGGAUUUGGCAUUCCUCACUGCAUUGCCAACUUCUGCCAGCGUCCCCCGGAUUUACCUCACGCCAUUCUGGACUCCAUCAACAAACCAAAGUAUGCAAGCAACACAGAGGUCAGCUACAAGUGUGAGGAGGGAUUUGUUCUCAACACAACAGGAACCCUGAGGUGCAUGAUAGGAGGAGAGUGGACACCCUCGCCUUUGGACAUUGGCUGUAUGCCUGUCAGAUGCUCAAAGCCAGACAGUAUUGAGAAGGGAUAUGUAAGUGGGAACAAUUAUAGUUUUGGAGCGGUGAUUGCGUACAGCUGUGAUAAAGGAUAUUUCAUUCGUGGAGAGAAGAGGAGAAUUUGUAAAGCCAAUGGUGAGUGGGGAGGUGUCUUGCCCACAUGCCAGCCUAUUUCCUGUCCCAGCCCACCUCGCUUGGCAAAUGGUUUUAUCCAGGGCCAAAUAAGAAAGAACGGCUAUGUGUACAGCAGUAGAGUGACCUAUGCUUGCAAUGAUGGUCAUCGCCUAACCGGAAGGCCUGAACGUAUAUGCAUGGCCAAUAAGCAGUGGUCGAACAACAAUCCUCCUGUUUGUGUCCUCCUCACCUGCCCUACCCCACCUGAUAUAAAAAAUGGCCGUUAUCAUGGCUCCACAUUUGAAGUUGGCAGCAAGGUGAAAUUUGCCUGCAACGAAGGAUAUGAACUCAUUGGAGAUUCUGUAUGGACUUGUUUAAAGUUUGGAAAUUGGGACAAGAGUGUAACCCCACGUUGUUCCCCAGUACAGUGCCCUGAACCACCUUUAGAGGAGAAUCACCUUGUACUGCGUGGAUUAGAUUCUGACUCAGGCAUUGUGGAGCUUUCUUGUGAGGAAGGGUAUGUUCUCCAUGGUGCACAAACUCUUCGUUGUACCCUGUCCCAGGAGUGGAAUGACUCUUUUCCUGUCUGCAAACAAGUCUUCUGUGGACCCCCCCCUGAGGUUGCCUUUGGUGACCCAUCCAAAGCACUGUCCUACUUUGGUAGUGUGGUAACCUUCUCGUGCAUGGUUGGCUUUACACUUCGGAAGGAAGCUUCUGUCCGCUGCCAGGCAGAUGGGAACUGGAGUAAACCUUAUCCCGAAUGCAUUCCUGUUGAAUGCCCACAGCCUGAGGACAUACCAAACGGAAUUGUGGAUGUUCAAGGACUAAUGUAUCUUAGUACUACUGUCUAUAGCUGUAAGGCAGGGUAUGAUUUAGCAGGUAACAGCACUGUGCUUUGUGGUUCAAGUGGACAGUGGAUAGGAGGUGUACCUGUAUGUCACCCUGUUAAGUGUGCUGCACCCAAGGAGAUUCCCAAUGGUUAUGUUAGGUACACCAGGCUUCAGUUUAGCCAAUCAGUUACAUAUUCCUGCCACAGGGGGUACAGCUUACAAGGCCCAGAAACCCUUACCUGUUUGGAUAAUGGACAGUGGCAGCAGGAGGCUCCUACUUGUGUGCAGAUCUACUGUUCUCCUCCAAAACCAAUUGAGAAUGGCUUUGUAGAAGGACGGGACCGCAAAUUUGGGGUUACUAUCUUCUAUAGCUGCUUCCCAGGUUUCCUACUAGUUGGUAAUAAUCAUCUCACCUGUGAAGAACAUGGCUGGUCAAGCUCUGAGCCCAAAUGUAUUCCUGCUGACUGCGGCCUGCCUCCACAUAUUGAUUUUGGUGACUACUCAAAGGUCAAAGAACAAUCAGCAGAAGACGAUGCACUUACAAGCCAACAUUUACCAGUAGACAACAGCUUUUUACAUGGUUCCCUGGUUCAAUAUCAUUGUCAUGCUGGGUAUGUAAUUAAAGGUGACAUUGUGUUAAUGUGCCAAGAAGAUGGCACAUGGAAUGGAACUGCCCCUGUGUGUGCUCCGGCACAAUGUGACACUCCACCCAGCCCUGAAUAUGGAUCAGUUAUGGUAACAGAUAGCGUUCUUGGCAGCCUUGCAGAGUACAGUUGCGAGGAGGGUUACGAGCUUAAUGGACAGACCAUCCGACAGUGCAUUUCUGGGAAGCAGUGGAGUGAUGACACUCCUCGCUGUUUGCCCAUCUCUUGUGGUAACCCUGGAGGCAUUGCUAAUGGUGAGGUGAUUGGAAAAUACUUUCAUUUCAAGGCGCUUAUUCACUAUGAGUGUCAUAAAGGGUUUGUCCUUGAGGGUGUUGAAACUAGAACUUGCCAGGUUGAUGGGAAAUGGGAUAACAAAGCUCCAUCAUGUAGAGCAGUCUCCUGUGGGCGCCCUGUUGUAUCAAAGGAUGUUUUAGUAAGAGGAGAUGACUAUACAUUUGGAAAGAGGUUGUUGUUCAGCUGCAAUCUCGGCUUCAUCCUACAGGGAACACCAACCAGUGUUUGUUUAGCCAAUGGCAGUUGGAGUGAGGCUCCUCCAAAGUGCCUCCCAGCCAAUUGUGGUCAACCACCGGUAAUCGAAAAUGGCAGAGUGACAGGCACGGAUUAUGGUUACAAUGGUAUGGUUAGGUAUGCUUGUGAUAUUGGAUAUGUCUUAAGAGGAAAUCCUACACUAAUAUGCAGAGCUGAUGGACUAUGGGAUGACCCUCCUCCACGGUGCGACAUAGUCACAUGUGACCCACCUGAGGACAUUAGCCAUGGUUACCUGAAUGGAUCAAGCUUUAAUUUCGAUGAUGUUGUUGAGUAUAUUUGCUUCCCAGGCUAUGAAGUUGUUGGCAGUCCAGUUUUACGAUGUGCUGCUGAGGGUGUCUGGCUGGGACAAGUUCCAGAAUGCCGACCUUGUGUUUGCAGUCCCCCAGUUCUGAAAUACGGUACUAUUCUCGGCCGAGACCACACCUGUGGUGCAAGCAUCUGGUUCCGAUGUAAUGAAGGCUACAAAAUUCUUGGCCCCACAGAGGCCAUAUGCGACAAGGGUGGAGUGUGGAGUUCAGGAGUACCCAUCUGCACCCGAGGGAGAUGUUCCAGCCCUCCUCCAGCUGUGCCUAAUGCUGUCGUACAAGGCACUGCUGCCUACUCUAUUGACACUGUCACUUACCGGUGUAGGCCAGGAUAUCAUUUGAAAGGUUUUCCCCAUCUUUCCUGUGGAAGGUUGGGCAGAUGGGGAGAGCCAAACCUGAACUGUGAACCCAUUUCUUGUGGAGUUCCUCCUCUUAUCCCUAAUGCAGAGACUGCUGGAGUGGUGUUAACCUAUGGCAGCAAAGCUCAGUACAGGUGUAAAGAAGGUUUUGAAUUAGCAACAAAGACAGACUCAAUAACCUGUCAAAGUGAUGGCACCUGGUCCAAACACAGCGUCAGAUGUCGACCUUCACCCUGCAGCCUGCCUGCAAACCUCACCCAUGUAGUCAUCAGGGGCAAGCAGCUCACACCUGUAGGGGGCACAGUCAUAAUCUCCUGUAGACCAGGGUACUAUCUUGAGGGACCUGGAUUAUCUGAAUGUUCAGUCUCUGGAAAAUGGUCUCCACCUUUCUCUUCCAAGUCUUGUGUGCCUGUUAUUUGUGAGAAACCUCUCCCCAUUCUCAAUGGCUUGGUUGAGGGCAAGAGCUACAAUUAUGGAGAUGUUAUUAGCUAUACUUGUCUACCAGGAUUUGAACUACAGGGGGAUUCUGUUCAGACAUGUCAAAGUGAUAAAACCUGGGGUGGAACUCAGCCAGUGUGUGCUGCUCGUGUGUCAUGUGGUCCUCCACCUGUGAUUCCCCAUGCAGUUACCUUGUCCAGUGGUCAGACAUACCAAAGUAUUGUUAGUUAUAUGUGUCAUCCAGGGCUGAGUUUGGUUGGUUCACAGAACCUCACUUGUCAAGCAAAUGGAAAAUGGAGCUUACCUACACCAUCAUGUGAAUUUCCAGGUGGAUGUGAGAGGAUAACAGACUUACUGAAUGGCAAGGUGCAGGAGCACAACCUGUCCAGCGGACGUGCUCUUGAGUUUCACUGUGACAAAGGCUACACACUGCAGGGAGAAUCUCUCGUCAUGUGUGUGGGAAACGGCUCCUGGAGUUCACCUUUCCCUGUCUGUAUACCCAAAUCAUGCCCCUCUCCUCGUGGCUGGACUGAAGGCAGUGUCAACACUACUCAGACUUUCCUGGUAGGCCAGUCAGUAUCAGUCAGUUGUCCUAAAGGUCAGCGGGUCAAAGGUAACCAGAGAAAAAGUAUCGCCACCUUAACUUGCAGGAGUGAUCAGACCUGGACCCCCAUAAGUGCAGUGUGUGAGAGGGUGUCCUGCGGCCCACCAAUGUACGUGGCAAAUGGGGUAGUCCUUGGGGCAGAUUUCCAGUUUGGAGAUGUGGUGGUGUACUCAUGUUAUACAGGCUACACCAUGGAGGGUUCUAGCAGGAGUGUGUGCUUGGAGAAUGGCACUUGGACCCCACUCCCUACCUGCAAAGCUGUCUGUUGGCUCCGGUGUCAGAACGGAGGUGUGUGCCAAAGACCAAACACUUGCUCCUGUCCAGAUGGCUGGAUGGGCCGAUUUUGCGAGGAGCCGAUCUGCAUCCUACCAUGUCUCAAUGGAGGACGCUGUGUAGCUCCAUACCAGUGUGAAUGUCCAAUAGGAUGGACAGGCACACGCUGCCAUAAUGCGGUGUGUUCCAUGCCCUGUUUGAAUGGAGGCCGGUGUAUCCGACCCAACAGGUGUCACUGCAGUCAAGGAUGGGGAGGUUAUGACUGCUCUAGAAAAAGAAGAUCUGGAUACUUUCAUAUUUAAUGUGCCACACUACAAGAGUUUCGAGGCUGAACGUGUUGAAACAAGAAUUUUGUGGUUUGUCAAGUGGUUUUGUAAAUUAAAGCUGUAUUUUUUCAUGUAGAAAAUGAAACAGUAUUAAAUAUAUGCUGCUGCUAUAUACAUAAACUUGUACGAUGUGUAAAAAUGAUGAUGUGAUUGUCCAGUGUACA